CUCUUCACUCCCAUCACAACUCCCUUCUCCGCCCCCCUUCGGCGCAUGGUACCCUCGGUGACGCCCGUAACGUCGCCCGCGCGCGCGCGCUUCGGCAGCCCCGCAUCGGCGUCGACGGGCUCGCCCUCGAGCCCUGCAUUGCGAGAUCGCGUCGUCCCACCAAUAAUGACGCGCGGCUUGCGCGAUCGCCAACGCUCCCCUGCCACCAGCUCGACGGGGCAGGCAACGGGUUCUGCGCUGUCACUCCCGCUCUCAGUGCCGACGUCAAGCCGCACGCCCCUCCCGAAUCCCCCCGUGUCCGCGACCGCGCCGCAGUCUUCCGUCACGCAUCGUGCGUCAGCGCCCGCAUCACGCCUCGGGGUGCCGGCGGGGCUGCUCGUCCCGACCGACCGGCCACUCGACGAGUUUGAGACUCAAUGGCUACCGCGGCUGGGGCGGCUACGCGUCGAUCGCGAGGUCGAGAUGCGCGGAUACGCGCUGUACGGCAUCCGAUCAUGGUACCUUUCGCGCACGCAUUGGUCGUUCACCAUUGUGGCUUACACAGGCAAGCCGACGGAUGUCAUCUCCUGCUACGUCUUGGUUCCCGCUGCCGACUUGAGUGCGAAAGUCGGCGCCGACGAGCUGCGCGCCGCCACACAGUUGCUCGCGGGCGAGACGCGCGCGCAGCCCCGUAACACAUCCGAGGGCACACUCCUUGUAUCGGCGCCCGCAGCGCACGGGCAGGACAUUUGGCCGAUUCCCCAGGGCGACCUGCGCGAAGCGUGGCCAUUCAUUGUGCUCAACACGGCGCUCAGGCGGCUUGGGUGCGGUGGACGCGCUGCCAUGGGAAACGAUGUGCCAGUCGCCGCGGUCCGCCGCAAGUUCUACGAGUCGUACCGCAUGCCCAUCCCAGGCGGCGCGCAGCUGCAGGGCACGGCGAGCCGCGCAGGAUCCCCGCCACAGUCACCGGUUCGGGGACAUACACACUCCCAUUCUCGUUCCCAAAGUAUGGGUCACACGCAACAGCGCAGUGUUAACUGGUCACCGCGGGGCAGCAGCCCCGCCUCACGCCCAAGCUCUGAGGAGAUGCCGGCCACGACGCCCGCCGCACUUGAGCGUGACCCCCUCAUGCUUAGUACGGUCGAGCUCGUCAAGCUCAUACAAGGCGCGCUUGCGCUGUGGGGCUUCUACGGGACGUUCCAGGAAGAGCUCGAGCUUGAUGGCCGCUUCUGUGAUGACACUAAGGCAGGCAUCGCGAAGUGGCGUGCGGCUAUGGGCAUGGAGCAGGAAGAGAGUCUGAAGCUCGAGAAAGAGACAAGUGGAGGCUGUAUUGACCCACGCUCCCUCGCCGUUCUCCUCAGCUCGGUUACCAGCACACGGUACCAGCUCGGUGUACUCAACGUUGAGAGACUCCCCAAGGACCCGUUCCACAGCGUACGCCGCUUCCUCGCCGCGUGGCGCCACUACCAAACCAGCGUCAAUCCGGGAAAGCCCGCGUCCCCCUUCCUCUCAGUGCAGGCCAUCCGUCAGCUGAACGGGAGCUAUGUCGUUGAGCGCAAAGGGCAUGCGUCAGACGCACUCAAGGUCCACCGCCUACUGCUCUCGGGGGUUGGGAGUGUGGCAUCUGGUGUUCAAUCUGUCGUUAAGGGGGGUGGUGCCAACGACGAGGGUCUGCCUGCCCGCAAGCGCGAGCAGCACAUCCGCUUUACUGGCCGCGACGAGGACUCGGGAAUUAGCAUGAUCGUGCCAUCCGGCGCUGGCGCCGCUGCGCCCGACGUUAUCACAUCCGACCUCGAGGCGUACGUUAAAGGUGUCCUUAAGUCGCGCGAAAAGGACUGGGACAUCAUGGGUGCGCGCAGAGUUGCUGAGCUCUGGAGUGGGCGCAUCGACGACGGCCGUGCUCACUCGCGCUUGAGAGUGUUCCGCCGUAACAAUCAGCCAGUGGCUGAUGAAGAAGACGACGCAUCCAUAAACAUCGGCACCACUGCUAUAGGCACGAUCCGCGGAGCUGCAGGUGCUGCGGCUGGCGCUGCGACGGGGGCGAUCAAAGGCAUCACCAAGGGUGGUUUGCGCGUUGUCGGCCGAAAACAGGCCACAUACGACACCUCGGACUCCGAAGGUGGCAAGCACGCUCUAACCCCUGCGCAGAGCUACGCGCGCCACAACGUUCCCACCCUUGUCGAACCAGCAGAAAUGGAUCACCAACACGACGCCAACAAUGGCGUUUCACGCUCACCGUCCCCCGGUAUGACCCCGUCGCUCGCUCAUCAGAGUAUGCGCUUCCCAAACUCAGACUCGGACCCCGGAUUGGAUCGCAACUCGACCCUCGUCCCGCGUAGACGCUCUGCAGCGACCACCGUCCGCUCAGCUGCAUCUAACUCGAACAUCGUUAGCGCGAGUACGUGGAGCGCACCGCGCCGGGUAGCUAUGCUUCGCACCGCCAGCGAUGGCGCCGACGUCAUUGUCGACAGCAACGGGUUGGAAUGGGCCGUCGCCAACGGGCACGGCACGGGCAAGCGCAUCGAAGGGAGUGUCGACUCGGACAGUAUAGCAGCGACUCCCGUGGAUGACGGGACCGCGGUCCGCGAGAGCGUCAAUCCGCUGUGUCGCAGUCACUCUUUACAGGCCGACCGCAGGGUUUACCGCAGUCGGCACGUGACUGAGCCGGCGCAGCUCGCCCUCGACGUUGCGAUGUGUGAGGUCGUAUGGGAGCUGCGCAAGCGUGAGCGGAUGCUGGCGAAGCGUGCGGAUGACAUGUCGAUUCUCGAGCGUUCAGCAUUUACAGGAACGCAAACGCUCUUCGACACGGCGCGCAUGCGCCGAGAGCGCAUCGAGGAGCUGGAGCGCGAGGUUGCCAAGAUGCGUGACAAGCUCAGCUAUACGGCCGACGCAGCAGUCGGCAGCGACAGGGCGCUGAAGUGGGCUUGCGAGAAGAUCAUCCACACGUUGACUGACGACGUGAAUCGGUCCGAGUUGAGCUGGCAGCUGCGCGAGCUCGAGAAGCAGUACGAGACGAUGCGCGCCGAGAAGGACAAGAGAGACGGCGCAAGCGACGCGGGGAAGGAGCGCCCGUGGUGGAAGUUAUAAUCAUGCAUUUGUGAGCGGUGCG